AUGGCCGGGAAAAAAUCGGUCGUGGCCAAAAAAGACAAACCUGCUGGUAGGGCCGGUCUGACCAAACGGCCUCGCCAAAAGGUCGGGCCGGCUAUCAAGCCUUCCCCGCCUGCCAAGCGGGUCAACCACACGACGACUCCCAGUGCUUCCCCUUCUCCCGCCGCCGGCCAUUCUGGGGUCAAGAAACAACCGGCUUCGGCCAUAGAGACGAUCCCAGCGCGGCCUGCUUCUGUGGCCGGCGAAUCAGUCGUACCUCCCUCUGUCGAGAAGGCACCUGUCUCACACCAGGCGGUUCCUACGACCAAGGAAAACUCUCCCAAGAAUCCAAAGCCCACGGUCUUCGUGCUGGAAGAGAGUGAGGGGAGCGACGAGGUCCCGCUGGCGCGUCGUCAUCCUACUCGUCAACGAACUCUUCCAGUAUCCGAGAUGGCGGUUCAACCCGGCCCCUCCUCGGCUAAUCGUGGCAAACACACGGUCGAGGAACCGACCCCGGCGGCCGAACCUCUCGUUCCUUCUCAAGACCAGGGCGUCCCUGCCUCCACUGAAGCAGCUGCGCCAAUCGGCCCAUCGGCAGCCGACCGUGGCAAACGCCUGCUCGAGGAACCCGAGGCCACGGCGGAAUCGCCGAUCCAUCCUCAAGACCAAGGCUUCCACAUCCCUCCACAAGAGGUUACCUCGGCUUUUGCUUCAUGGGAGGUUGAAUUCAAAGCUCUCCUCUCCAGUACGACUGCAGAGUCCGGCCCUUCGGUCGCUCCAACUGAGGCUGCCGAUCCAAGCGCCCUAACCCAGUUGCGAGAAGUCCUGUCGCUCUCUUCAUCGCAAGCGGGAAGGAUCGCCUAA